AUGGGGAAGCGUAAAUAUGAAGCUGAUGAUACAAACACCCAGAAGAAGACUAAAACCACCGAUUCUGACGUUGACGAAGACCUAAAAGCGGAACAACCUCAAAAUGAAACCAAUAAUAAACACGACGGGCAUACUACAAAAAGCGGCGGUUUUGAUAUUAAACAUUUUCGAAAAGAACUAGCAGCAAAACAAGGACAGAAUAUGGCACUCACACAGUUUCUUCAAGUAUGCCUGAACCCUGAUAGUCCAGCAGAUUAUUUACUGGAAUAUCUCAAAAGUGGAGGCAACUCUCACGAAAUCCUUCGUCAAAUCAACCAGGAGAGUAAGAAAAACCUGACGUUAGCUACACCAGCAUUCCAUUUAUUCCAUUUAAUAAUCCUGAAAGUACAGUCUUCUCUUCCACACAUGAUCACCAUCACUGAAGAAGCAUGCCGCUACUUUCUAAAUACAUUCAUGUCUACCGUAGAAAUCAUGAUAAGUGAGAACUCUGGCCCCCGCCAUAGAAAAAUAGUCCUUAAAUUGUUAACUUCAAUGGUCACAUUGAGUUCUGAUUUGGGCAUUGAAGUGUUAAAUCAGGCUCCUUUGACUCCGAAACACUUGCAACAUGUUGUUGAAAAACCAAAUUUCAAGGAGAAAGAUAAUGUUCGAACAUCAUUUGUUCACUUCAUGACAUCAUUCUUAGUUGACGGUCACUUGCCUUUGAUAAAGGCUUUACUAGAAAAACAAGGUUUACUCGCUCUAGUUAUUCCUGGUUUAAUUAACGAUGAGGCGGAAGCAACAUUGAUAUUUUUAAAUAUUUUAAAAAAGAAUGUCAUAGACAAUGCAUUAAUUUCAAAGAGUUUGAAGCUCAAGACUUUUAGCCAUCAAGUGCUACACAAUUUGUUUAAAGUGUUCUCUUGGAAAGGACCUCCAGAGAUUAGUCAGGAAGCCAGGAGUGCGGCUAGACCAGAAAUCAUGGGUCUUCUAUCCGAUAUUAUUGUAACUUUAUUCACAUCACACAGAUUAGGUCUAUAUUUUGUGGAUAAAUCUCUAGGAACUAUUGAUGCCAAUAAGAACCAGAACUUGUAUAAAGCAUUGCUGACUUUAAAAAGACCUUGGGAGAAUGAGUAUGAGUGUGACGUUAUUCUGAACAUCUUGUUCAAAUGUCCUGAUUUACAUCGAGCACUGUUUAGUGUGAUCGAACAUAGCUUUGAGCCUCAACAUUCCCCAAUAUGGGAAAGAGCUGUAGACUUCACUAUAAAGUUGUUGAACAAGUUGAAACCGGAAGAAAUGGUAUCUAGAACGUCAAAUUUGAAUGAAAUACAAAUCGCUAACUUUAUAAGGUUUAUUACAUUACCUGUUCCAUUGAUAAAGUUAAUUCAUAUAAAUCUGGGUAAAGAUCAAACAGUUUCCUUAUACUGUGUGAAAGUUUUAGUCAAAAUGUUACAGUCGUUGAGGAGAUAUUUACAAAUAUUAGAAAUUAGUGAGUCUCAGAGCAGUGAUUUACGUAACAAAUUAGAAUAUUUUAUACCUAAACACUUGCCUGCACCUGCUAUAAUAGUAAAACUUAUUGAUAAUGUAAUCUCAGAAAACGCCGUUGAUGAGAAUAAUAAAGACUACAGACUUCCUAAAAUAAAUGAUACAGAGGCUUUAACAUCACUCGUAGAUCUGCUUUUACUAUAUAAUGACAUAAAUUCCCCUUAUUUCGAAACCUUGGAAGGCAAUGUAGACAUGAAGAAAAUAUUGGAGUUCUCAACUACCCUUAAAAAUGGUCAUGUAGCUCUUUUAAAGUUCAAAGUAGUUUCUUUAUGGCUUACUUUAGAUAGUUCUGCCGUUUCGUUAAAGAAUUCAAUGUUCAAAGAGCUUUUUCUGAUCAUGUUGGAGGUGUUCAUGAGUGAUGAUGAUGACACGUGGAUAGAAGCGAAGGACACCCUGCAGAUGUUCUUCAAAAACACCUCCAUAUUUGAAGGAGAUGAAGAUGAAAUACAUUUAAUACUAUAUACUUUGCGUAACAGUAAAGUGAAUCCACCAUCAUUGAUCGGAGAUAUUGUCCAGUAUGUUUUGGAAAACAUCAAAGAAUUAACAGAUUAUGUGCGAAAUCAACUAGUUCAUUUUGAAAUCUCUUCAGAAAAUAACGAAGACAAUUUGAAGAAACUAUUCAAUGAUUUAAUGGAGGAUAAAAAUACUGAGGACAGUGUAUUUUUAGAGAGCAAGAUGCCUUCACCAUUUAUUGUAGGCUGUAUACAAUAUUUGCAACUACACAAAGAUGCUAAAAAAAAUAUUAAACAUUUCUUGUCGCUGUACAUUGCGAAUUUACUUCACAGUAACUAUUCUCCUGAGUUAACAGAGGUGUUAAUAGGUGAUUGUAAAUUAGAUGCUAGAAAUUAUGUCGCCAGUUGGAUGUCUGAUCCUGUGCCGUUAUUAGAUUCUAUCAUAGGACGAGAUGAGGUCUUAAAAGCAAUGUCCAAAACAAUAGUUGGUGAUGAAAAUAUAUGUCUCAAAGAUAUAUUCCCAUGCUUAGAAGAAGUGUCCGAAGGAGGUGACGUCAAAAUAUCUGACGUUCUAUAUAAAAUUGAUGUAACAAAUAAAAUAGACAGUUCUGAGCUUUUGAUUUGGGCGAAAUAUCUAAUAUAUUGUAUAGUACGAAUGACGAAUAUGGGCCAAUUGAAUGAGAAACACCAGAUAAAGAUAACAGAUUACUUUCAAUGUCUGAUUGAAAUUGGCAAGAAAAAUUUACAAGUAGACAUUUGUAGAACGAUAAUCUUGACACUGUUAAAAAAUCCACAGCUUGUUAAAGUUUAUAAACCCGUGAAAACAGGCAAAGAUGAAUCUAAUUUGCAUGCCUCUACCUUUAUCCUACAAGUGAUUAAGCAAAAUAACGACAUAGUAAAUUAUUUAAAUAAUAAACAUAGGGUUUUGAAAUCGUAUCAGCAGAAAAAUUACAACGAAAUCGUAAAAGCAUUCAUAAAAAUAAAUAAAAGGAAGAAUGUUGAAAGUGAUUACACCUUAAACGUUUUACAAAUGGUUGGUCUGUCCAAUGAGGAUGAUAUCAAAAUAUUUAAUUUAGUAUUUGACGCUGAAAUAGGUUCUUGUAUAAAAGAUGAUAAAGAGCCCACUCUGGUGUUAGAAAUACUGAGUAAUUUAAUAGAUAAAUAUUCAGAAACGGUUACUCUAGAACUGCAACAGAAUAUUUUGAAAAAUACCAUCGCUUUGUAUACUAAGUUAUUGACGAACAAGGAUAUGAAUCCAAAUCUAAGCAAUUUAGAGAACGUUUUAACGAAAUAUUUUGAAAACAAACCUCACCAAGUGUCCCGAGUUUUGGAUGAAGAUUUUAAAAAGUUUUUCCACUUAAACACAUUACGGAAGUCUACCGCCAAUCUUGCUUCAGUCUUAUUGAAGUUUAAUGCAAAAUUCUGUAAGAUUUUCAAAGAGGAAAUUGGUAGACCCGAGAUAUUAUCUCAGAGGGAAUUGACGCUUCCUUUAGGCGUUGCUGUUAUAAACCAUAACCAAUUCUUACGUGAUAAUAAAGACUUUUUGUCCACCGUAUUCAAUGAGUACAAGUCUAAUAUAAUAAAACUACUAGAAAAGCCUCACAAGGCUGGCCAAAUUUAUGUAUCAUGUUGGCAAUUCAUUAGAAAAUUAGUUAUUGAAUGCAUGGACACGAAUGAUAUUUCUAAAUUAUUUAAUAAGAGCCAUAAAUUUGAAGUCAUUGAAUUAAGUCAUAUAAAAUUGCUGCAGAUAUUAUUUUUGAAACUAUGUAUUCCUGGGAAUGGAGUAAAGAAAGAGUACCUCAAUAACUAUUUUCUAUCUAUGUUGCAUGUGGCUGUAAUAGCUGUAAAGGAAGUCAAAAUAGAUGCCCUAGACGUGAUUAUAACUGCCAUUCACGACGUAAUCCAGGUUUCUAAAACCGUGGUAGGACUAGAUACGCAACAAAAGCAGGAAUUUGUCAAGAUCACAGAAAGUGCCUCAUGGCAAAAUUUUUGCAAAGCCACUCUAAAGGAUUCAUUAAAAGUAAAAACGGUCGAAGAAGCUAAUGUAAUGGGACCCAAAGUUCUUGCGUUGCUCACGGAAUUAGUUAAACUUUUCUACUCUGAAAAUCACGAAGAUAUUACUAACAUAUUUGAUAUGGUAACAUCACAUUCAGAAUUUUUGAACGUAAUGCUUAGCUACCAUAGCACGGAUAUUAAAUCACGAUUGAUAGAAUUUCUGUAUACUUUAAUGCUAAAAAAUAAAUCAGUAAUGAAGACACAGCAGAUACCGGUCUAUUUAAGUGCUUAUCACGCUACAAGAAACCCGUCUGAUAGACUAAUACUCGCUAUUCUACAUCAUUAUGAAACUAAUGGAUUACCCGUCAAUGAAUACAAACCAUACGUCUUUGGCGACUCUGCAGCUAACUUUUACGCUGUCCGUAAAAACAGAUCCUCGUCUUUAUGGUCUCAUCCAACGCCUAAUCAAGUCUUGAAUUUGUUUGAUAAAGAAGUUAUUCAAAGGACAGUUAAGCAUUUUCCCGUAACGCAGAAAUUUGAAUACAGCUAUGAGUUGAAGAAGAACAUUGGUGUAGCGAGAAAUAUCAAAGAUUCCUUGAGAUCGAUACUAGACGAGAUGCUGGAGGAUGGUGCGUUCAAACCAAGUGUUACUAAAGACACAGAAGCUGCAGUGAAAAAUUUGAUCGUGAAAGGGAAAUAUGAACCAGUAUUAACAAAAUUUGUUGGAGUAGAUUUGUUGGGUACGUCGAAUUUGGAUAAUGAUGAAGGGAUAUACGAUCCUAUGUUCCUGUUUCCUCUCCUCAGCCACUUGCUGGCGCCAGGAUCAGUGGCAUCCUGCUUCAGGAUGUUGAGGAGUGGACUGCUGUCUGUGCCCGUAAUGGCGCUAAGCUCCCAUUGUCCUAUGAUGAGGGCUGCCGCUUACCACGUACUGCAUAGGUUCUACAUGCUUUUGGAGACUGAAACGAGACACAAAAACGACAAGCUGUUUUUGACAGACUUCAUCAGCACCUUACGCCAGAGUCUGACCACAGCCAUCAACAAUUCUGAAGAAAUCGACGACAAGGAUGUCAAAAACCCUAGGCUUCCAUCAAUAGAUGCCUUGUACCUUGCAAGAGCGCUCACGAUUUCCACAGCGCCAUUCGAUCCUUUAUACAAACCAGUGAACAAUUUUCUCAUAGCGAAGCAAUUCGUUGACUUGACUUUAGUUCCUGACUUCCUCAGUCUCUUCCACGACAGUGACGUGGAAUCUGCUGAUAGAAGGUUAUGGAUCUUGGAAGUCAUUAAAGACGGAGUAAAAACCAUGACGGAUAUAAACGUGAUCUUUAAAACCAUGUGCUUGAAGAUGAUCAUGGACUUUUAUUCUUCGGUUUUAAGCGACAGGCGAUCGAAAGAAAACAUUCUUAGUGCUUUGAGCUCUAUCGUGUCCGUCCAUAGAGCUUUUGAGAUACUAGUGGAAGGACAUGGUGUGAUAUCUUGGCUCCACUGUAUAGUGAGGCAAACGCAUGAUAAGUAUCUUGUCAAAUGUAUCUUUGGCUUGAUAAAAAAUAUGGUGUACAGCACUAUGGUUGGUGCUUUCUCGAGAAAUAUCACCGCGAAGAAUGCUCAAGUCAAUGAAUUUAUUGAACUUAGAACAAAUAAGGAUGUGGAACAAGAAUUAUUGUUAAUACACUAUGAUUUGUUAAGACAUAUUGAUGAAAUGGAUUUAGAAGACAUCGUUGAUUAUAUUACUGUGUAUAGUUUAGUGUCGAAAAGAGCAAUCAAAAGUCUAUCCAAAAAGCAAAUGUUAGGUGUGCUCAAUAAAUUGGAUGUUUUAUUAAAAGGUUCUGAAGUGAUAAGACUUCUGACUAAAGCUUUGCUUGCUAACGAUAGCGUUUUGCUCAGAAGUCGAAAUAUGAACAUCGCUUUUGAUGAUGAAGUAAAAACUAAAUUGGUAGCAACGUUAACAGAAGUUGUGCAGACGUAUGUUGCGUGA